CAGGAACUCAUUCUGUUUUCGGAUAUAUUUCCUUUUUCCAGAGGGCCUCACGGGGACCUCCAGUAGAGUGGUGGAUGUGUGUGUACAUGUCCAGAGGGCCUCACGGGGACCUCCAGUAGAGUGGUAGAUGUGUGUGUACAUGCUGUCUAUGUGUGUCUCUGGAGAGGGCCUCAUGGUGACCUCCAGAGUGGAUCCUCUUCAUCACCAUGGCCUUUACUGAGGAGCAGCCUGAGAAACACUGCUGGGUGUGCUUCUCCACUGAGGGGGACGACCCCCGCUCAGAGUGGGUGAGCCCCUGCAGGUGUCGCGGCUGCACUAAGUGGAUCCAUCAGUCGUGUCUGCAGCGCUGGCUGGACGAGAAGCAGAAGGGGAACGGAGGCGGAGCCGUCAGCUGCCCUCAGUGUGGCACCGAGUACCACAUCACCUUCCCCACCAUGGGUCCGGUGGUGUACUUCCUGCAGCAGGUGGACCGGGCUCUCUCCCGGAUCAGCCCCUUUGCUGCUGUGGGGGUUCUGGUGGGAACCGUGUACUGGUCCGCCGUCACGUACGGAGCCGUGACCGUCAUGCAGGUGGUGGGACACAAGAAGGGUCUGGUGCUGAUGGAGCGGGCCGACCCGCUGUUCCUGCUCAUGGGCCUGCCCACCAUCCCCCUGGUCUUGGUGCUGGGCAAGAUGGUCCACUGGGACGAGUACCUGCUGAGGCUGCUGCAGAGGUACUGCUGCAGGGGUCCCAGCCGCUCCCUGUCCAGAGGCCCCUCUGACGGUCUGGGGCCAAGAGACCACCUCUCGGUGUCCAGGACUCUGUGUGGAGCUCUCGUCUUCCCCUCCAUCGCCAGCCUGGUGGGCCGCAUGCUGUUCAGACGGGUGUCCUCCAGCCUGCAGCGCACGGUGCUGGGUGGCGUGACCUUCGUGCUGAUGAAGGGGGUCCUGAAGGUGUACUUCAAGCAGCAGCAGGGCCUCAUCCAGGCCAGCAGGAACAUCCUCAACUUCCCUGAGAGGAGCGCAGAGGGACAGAACCGAGCUGGAGACCCAGAGGACCCAGAGGACCCAGAGGACCCAGAGGACCCAGAGGACCCAGAGGACAGCGGACAUGAAUGAUGGAGGGAUGAGGGAUCUAAAGCCAAAUGUCUUCCAGAGAUUUAUGUCCGGACCCUGGAGGUGUGGAGCUGCCCCAGUGGAGCUGCUGGACUCUGACCUUUGACCCCAACGUGACCUCACUGGAUGAGAUGACUUCAUAGUUCAUUGUGCGUGCUGCUGCUUGGUGACGGGGCGUUUGUGGACAUUCAGUAAAAGUUUUCCUGAUGUUUAAUAUAAAGACAAAUAAAUCUAUCAUGUUCAAACUAAA